UGCCGUCGAGAACGCGAGCAGGAUGCUAGAACUGCAGCGAGACAUCUUGUAAUUUCACCAGGAGAUAAAUCAUGACAAACACUUCUUGGCAGCAAAAGAACAAAGUGUGUUUCUGAAGAGAGAGUUUUGGUCCCGCUCCCUUUGCACGAAGCCUGGAGACACGUGCCGUUAUGUCGGGCAAAGAGCGCAGCCCAAGGCACCGGCCCUGGUCGGUCUACAGGGCCAACACGUUUGAUCUGUCAGCAGAGAUGAUGGGGCUGGCCCUCGCAGGAAGCAGUCAGGACCCGGAUGAGCCUGUGCUGGAGUUUAGUCUAGCCUGCAGUGAAUUGGUCACUCCUGCACUGGACCGUAAGCCCACCAGCUUUGUGGCAGUAAGCUGCACCACUCCUCCACAGGCUUUCUGGACCAAGCACGCUCAAACUGAGAUCAUAGAGGGCACAAGUAACCCUAUAUUCCUCAGUAGUAUAGCAUUCUUCCAGGACUCCAUGAUCACUCAGCAAACUCAGAUCAAACUUUCUGUCUACGAUGUGAAGGACCGAACACAGGGAACGAUGUAUAUGUUAGGUUCUGCCAUGUUUCCAGUGAAGGAGCUGCUCCAGGACAAACACCACAGGCUGCACUUGACUCUGAGGUCAGCAGAGAGCGAGCGGGUGGGGAACAUCACUGUGAUCGCCUGGCAGAUGGAGGAGAAGAGGGAGCAGAGGGCUCCUGGGCCCAGGUUACAGAGGGGAGACACUGUUAAUGGAAGGAUGGUCCUACCUGUUGACCAGAGUCUAACUGAAUCCAUGGGCAUAAAGUCUAAAUCAUCAUCUAUUUGUAAAGAUCCACUGCUCAAGGCUGUGUUUGGGGGCGUUAUGUCGCGCACUUACCGCUUUCCCAUGACGGACGGAAACCAUCUUCGCAUCCUGGAGCAGAUGGCUGAGAGUGUGCUCUCACUGCACAUCCCUCGACAGUUUGUCAAACUGCUACUGGAGGAGGACGCAGUCAGGGUGUGUGAGCUGGAGGAGCUCGGCGAACUGUCUCCGUGCUGGGAGAACCUCCGCAGGCAGAUCAUCACCCAGUACCAGACCAUCAUCCUCACCUACCAGGAGACUAUCAGCGAUCUGCACGAAUACAAGGGGCCUUCAUUUAAAUCUAGUACUUUAAAAGCUGAGAAGAAGUUGGAGUUUAUUCCCACUAACCUGCACAUUCAAAGGAUGAGAGUCCAAGGGGAGUCGGGCUAUGACCGAACUUAUGAUGUAAUAACUAUUGGAGCUCCUGCAGCACAUCAUCAGGGUUUUAAAGGCUGUGGACUCCGGAAAAUGGUGCAGAAGCUCGAUGAUGCCAGGAAACAUACCUAUGCAGACGAUAGCUCUUCUAGCUCUGCCUCAAAAGGACUGCCCUAUCAACAGCAAGAUGUAGUGAAGGCCAAGGAGCUGAUUGGUCAGAUUAACACUCUAAAGACACAAGUCUGUUACUACAUAGAACGCCUGUCCAGAGCCGCAAAAGAGCGCUCCGCAAAUGCAAUGGAGAGGACUCUGGCCAUCCUCAAAGAGAAGGCCCAUCAGCUGGUGACAGUGUGUGACUCCAAGCUACUGUCCACUGCCAUUUUGGCCCUAGCAGCUGCUUGCCCUGAGUCGACCCAUCACAGCACCCCGUCCCCCUCCGCCUCCUCCCUCUCCCCCUCGUCCAGGUCCCCAUCUCGCUCCCCAUCCCGUAACCCCACCUCUCCAUCCCGCAUGGCCAUCUCACCCUCGCGGCAAGUAGCGGCUCCAGACAGCAACGAUGGGAGCAAAAGUAAAAGGAUGUCAAUGCAAACAGAUGCACAUGAAGAAGAAUGGGGAAAUAUCUGGAUAAAUGUUGAUAAAAGUCUGGAGUGUGUGGUCCAGAGGGUGGAACGACUUCUACAAAAAGAUCAAAUUCAAAGUGAUAGUAGUUCUGAAGAUGUUUUCCUUCUCGCUAAUGAGGAACAAGGCACUUUAAAUGUCAAAGAUAAUAGCCCAGAGAUAGAAAAGACAUCCCCUGCUGAAUGGGGUGAGAUUUUGUACCCCCUCCUCACAACACUGUCUGACUGUGUAACCCUCAUGAGCGACAAAGCUAAAAAAGCCAUGGUGUUUCUACUGAUGCAAGACAGCGCCCCGACCAUCGCCAUGAGCCUGUCUGUGCAGUACCGCAGAGAUGUGGUCUUCUGCCAAACACUCACAGCUCUCAUCUGUGGUUUCGCUGUGAAGCUGAGGACAAGCCUCUGUGACUCAGGAUUUCUCCGACAGCUCCAUACCAUCGGCCUCCUGGUGCAAUAUGAAGGUCUUCUCAGCACUUACGGGGAGGAGCUUGCUAUGCUGGAGGAUAUGAGCGUUGGUGUCAUGGACUUGAGAAAUGUCACCUUUAAAGUUACACAAGCGACUUCAGGUUUUGGACCAGACAUGCUGCCAGUGAUCACAGGGAACAGAAACGGCUUCAAUGUCCGGGUGGCUUUGCCGGCGGCCAUGUUUGAAUCGUUGCCACGGGAGAUCCAGAACGGGAUGUUAUUGCGUGUUCAGCCAGUCGUGUUUAAUGUAGGGAUCAAUGAACAGCAGACACUGGCAGAGAAGUUUGGUGACACAACGUUACAAGAAGUGAUAAAUAUGGAAAACAUGGCACGUCUUAGCUCUUAUUAUGACCAGUUCAAAGAAGUACUACCAGAGGACUGCCUCCCCCGCUCCCGCAGCACCACCAGCCUGCCUGAGCUGCUCAAACAGCUGAGCCAAAAUGUCAAAGCCAAGAAAAACAAAAAUGUGGAGAUUUUGUGGCAGGCGGCCGAGGUAUGCCGUAGACUGAAUGGAGUGCGCUUCACUAGUUGUAAGAGCGCCAAGGACCGCACAGCUAUGUCCAUUACUUUGGAGCAGUGCCAAAUCUUGGAGCAGGAGCAUGGAUUGGCCCCACAGGUUUUCUACCAGGCCUUGGACUGUAUGCGCAGUGAGGGAUGCAGACGAGAAAAUACCAUGAAGAAUGUUGGAUGUCGCAAAUACGCUUUUAAUUCCUUACAGCUCAAAGCCUUCCCUAAACAAUACCGCCCUCCAGAGGGGACAUAUGGAAAAGUGGAAACCUAAGUGGACUUUUUUAGCAGGAAGAAAUGAAAAGACUACUGAGGAGGACUUGAUAAAAUAACACAAAGAGAAACGCCUACGAACAUACCCCAUUGUCCUUAGUCACAACUAGUUCAAGUGCCAGAAUAUGUUGUUUUACAGUUGUUUUACCCCCUAAAUGAGUAAUCAUAACUCAGAACUAGUUCACAGCUUACUGUCGUUGUCUGUGUCAGUGGGUAUGCGGGUUAUUACAGUUCUUAUCACUAUACUUUUACUAGGCCUAUUGCACAGUUAUACAGCUAUAUCUAUCAUCAGACCAGCCGAUAAGAAAGACUCUGCUCACAAAGAAGACAAAGCUGUUUUUGAUAUUCUCAGAUUCCCUACAGGUUUCCAUGUUAUUGUGGCAAAAGACCAAGACCAGCAAUGACAUUUUAUUAUUGCACAAAUGGUUUAUGUCACUAAUCAGCCUGUUCAGAUACGUUAUUCACAUGUAGUUUCUAGAGAACAGUGUAAAUACAAUACAUGGUUAGCUAUUUGUUUGCUUAAAGAUGCCAAAUCAUGACAUGAAACCUUAUUUGCCCAAUGUAGCUAUUUAAAGGUGCAUUAUGUCGAGGUGGAGAUCCAUGGAGAUAUUUAUUGCUUUGCUUGGAAUGUGGCACAGAACAUCGUUAAAUGUUUUGUUGUUUUAUUCAGUUACAGGUAUUUGUAUUGUAAAGCACACCUUAAACAACAAGAGCGGGUUGAUCUCUCUACAGAUCUGUGACCCUGUGGCACCGUAUGUUAGUUGGUCUCCAUAGAAACAUUUAAUGCUGUACUGCAGACUAUUCCAGAUAAAACAGUAACAUCUUCAUGGAAACGAGCAAGUGGCAUCUCUCCACCAGAAAAGUCACAUUUAAGUUAAACAUGUCUCCUUCUCUGGACCUAAACUUCCCUGUUGUAUGCUGACGAAUACAAAGCUCUUGGGUUGUUGUAGCACAUUUUGUUGUCUCUCUGCUCAAUGUGUCAUUUUUAUUAACCAUACACUUUUUGGCAUUAUUUUCAAAAUGUUGUGUUGUUGUUACAAGCAUAAUGUACAAAUCACAUACUAAGCUUUAGAGUAGUGAUGUGAUGUUUGUGAAUGAGUCAGCUCUCAUUU